AUGGAAACUACUCGUCGUCCAUAUACCCUCUCCCUCGCACACCGCGGCGUCAUCCAGGGCUCCACCAUCUCCGCCGGUUCGGAUUUAUGCCAUUACUUCGGCGGCGUGCGAUAUGCUCUCCCGCCACUACAACGCUGGCGUCGGGCCCGUAAGCUUCCAUCAUCCUUUACCUAUGGCAGCAAAGAUGUGCCCGGUGUUUGCGAUGGUGGAGCGGGACUAUGCCCCCAGCCUGGAUUCCUGGAUCUCUCGCCAGAGAAGCCUGAAGCAUGGGACGAGGAUUGUUUUCAGUGUAACAUUUGGGUGCCCACUGGAACACCUCCACGCGGUGGAUGGCCGGUUAUGAUUUUCAUCCACGGUGGAUGGCUUCAGUUCGGCUCGCCAAAUAGCUUCAAUGCGGCGGCACUGAUCGGCGAGACGGAAUUUAAAGCUGUUUUUGUUCUACCUGCUUACCGAGUCAAUCUGUUUGGGUUUUUGUACUCUGCGGAACUCGAGCAGGAUGCGGCAGGUGUGGGAGAGACUGUUGGCAAUCAUGGAUUCUGGGACCAGAGACUCGCUCUGGAAUGGACGAAGGAGAAUAUCAAUUUGUUUGGUGGAAACCCGGAUCAGAUCACUAUUUCUGGAUACUCCGCAGGCGCAAACUCCGUAUUCCACCAACUCGCCUACGACCUGCGCCAACCCACCACCCACUCGAUUGUCCGUCAAGUCCCGUCCAACCCAAAUCCCCCCGCCGAAACACAAACCCAGUUCAACGAACUGCUCACAGCCCUCUCAGUCCCCCUCUCCCUCUCCGCAGCCGACAAAUUGGCCCGUCUCCGCUCCCUCUCCUCCAAGACCCUCCUCGACGCAAGCAAAACAAUAAACAUCCACCAGUUCCGCCCAACAACAGAUGGCACCUUCAUUCUGCCCUCCCUCUUCACAUCCUUAGACAAUGGCACCUUCGCUCAAGCCUUGCUGUCGCGAAAUAUCCGCCUCAUACUAGGCGAGUGUUCCGACGAACGCUUCCUCUACGCCACCUGGUUCCCACCCAAAGCAAAUACCCUCGCGGCUUUACGCACUCGUCUAAUCGCAGACUACCCAACGCACAUCGUCGAUGCAGUUCUACCACUCUACUACCCCAAUGGAACCCUACCACAGGGUAUCAAGAACUGGGACGAAGAUGCCUGGGGCCGUAUCUACGCCGAUAUGCAAGUCUACCAUAUGCAACGUGGACUAAUUUACGCUUUGACGUGUAAUUCUGGCGGGGUUGAUGCGUCGGCGUUGAUUCAUAGGUAUAGGAUUGAGUUCCGGGCGGAGUGUAUGAGGGGGAUUCCGGCUGAGUGGGGGGGUUACGCAUUCGAGUGA